AUGUAUCGAGCUUCUUUGGCCAUGGUGGCAGCCUGGACAUCUCAACUCGUCCUAGGGGCCCCGACUAACCCGGCACCAUCUGAAGUUUACUCGGCAGGCGGUUUGACGUUGCUCACAUACAAUGACUUGAGUAAUGACCCAAAGAACGGCUCUGCAGCCGUCCUCGUCCAUGCCCCGGUUGAAUUUCCCGAUGCCGAGGAAUCGUGCCGCAAGCUGGGCGAGACGCUAUGGAGCCCCGACACAGCAAGUUUCACAGAUGGCCUCAACAGCUCGCUGUCUUACCAGAUCUGGCAGAAAUCCUUUCCCGAGUCGCAGCUGUUUUGGGUUUCCAAGGCUUCAUCCGGCGACUGUCGCGCCAUUGACCACCGCGGAGAGCUGAAGGAAGUCGACUGCGCCGGCCCGGGCAGCAGCAAGCUCCCGGCGCUAUGCACCCAGUCGGCGCCGGUGCUGACCGUCGGCACCAACAAUGUUCGCACUGACUUUGUCGUUAACCAGCGCGCCGGCGACCUCGUCUACCAGGGCUUCCGCGACUUCUUCGUGUGGAAGUUCAGGGGCAUCCGGUUCGCCGCCAAACCUGAGCGCUUCGCUUACGCUCGGCCGUACGAGCCGACCCCUGAGGAGCGCAGUGCCCCUGUACCAGCCCUGUUCGCCUUGCCAGAGUGCUUGCAAGUGCCCGGAGAGGUCCGUAACGGAAGCAACGAGGACUGCCUCGGUAUCAACAUCUGGACGCCCUACUUACCCCCAACAAAGCCACCCUCAUGUAAAGAGCCGUCGAGCGCACUGGCACCCAAGCGCCUCAAGCCCGUCAUGUUCUAUAUCUACGGCGGCGGCCUCAGGAUCGGCUCGGGGAGGAACCACUAUACGGACGGGACCAUGCUCGCAUCGCGCGGUGACGUUGUCGUCGUCUCGGUCAACUACCGCGUCGGCUCGCUCGGGUGGAUGGUGCUUGGGGACGGAGUCCACAAAGGCAACUAUGGCCUCUCGGACGUGAUCGCAGGCCUGGAGUGGGUUAAGGAGAACAUUGCCAGCUUCGGCGGCGACCCGGACCGCGUUACCAUCUUUGGCUACUCGGCCGGCGCCUGGUUGGUGCGCGCCCUUAUGGCGAGCCCCAAGGCCAAGGGCCUCUUCCACGCCGCCAUUGCGCAGUCCGGCCCGGCUGGCUUCUACCUGGCCGAGGCGGCUGCUGGGGCGUCGCGCCUCACCAACGAGGCCGGCUUCGCCUACAAGUACGAUUCUGUCGGGUGGGCUUGGGAGAAUUUGGGAAAGCAGGUGGUGUCCGACGUGGGCUGCGCCACCGACGAGACGGCCAUCGGAUGCCUACGCGCAGUCGACGGCGCGGCCUUCCUCAACACGUCGCUUUACGCCAUCGGCAUCACGGUCGAUGGCGAAUACAUCACCUCGGACUGGCUGACAGUCAAUAGCAGCAACCACUACGCUUCCGACGUAGCCUUCAUGACGGGCAUCGACCGCGACGAGGCCGGCAACGAGCUUGAGAGCGUCCCCAUCAUCCCUGGCGUCCCGCUUGCCGACCUCAUCCCCAGCUUAGUGCCCCCCGUCCACCGCGCCGACAUAGCGGCGGCAGUCAGAAGCCCAGCCUUUGGCAUCCCCUCGGACCCGACCCCAGCCGAGGCGCUCGACGGCGCCAUCCGCAUCAUGACUGACGCCGCCUUCACCUGCCUCGAGCAGGCCGCCGUCUACAGCGCGGCGCGCCACUCGGCCUUUGAGUCGGUCUGGGCCUACCGCUUCAACCGCACCUACAACUUCCCCGGCUACACCAAGCCGCACUGCGACACGACGGACCCGGAGCGCCUCGAGUACAAAAAGUGCCACGGCGGCGACCACCUCCUCCUCUUUGGCACCAUGCGCCGCGGCGGGCUCCCCGACCGCGACGGCCUCGACCUGCCCUUCUCGCGCGUCACCCUCGACCACUGGGCCGCCUUUGGCACCAACCGCGACCCCAACCCGAACCCGGCCUACCUCGCCGCCAGGGGCUACUGGGACACGCUCGAGACCCUGCAAAGGCUGGGCCCCUGGGAGAGGGCCGACGUCUCUACCGACGCCCCCGUCCGGCUGCUGCAGGUCCAGGCGAGGAUGGAUGCCUACUCGGAGCUCGAGCAGUGCGAGGUUCUGAGACAGCCGCUGGACUAUUUUGAGCCCGGCUCUUCGACCAAGAAGUAA